AUGGCCAAUCCUCCUACAUCUCAACCACCCAACCACCCCUGGACCCCCUUCGCCAUCCUGACCCCCCGACUCAUAAUCCUCCCCACCCCAAUCGCCAUCUCCUCCCCCACCUACCGCAAACUGUACGCCUCCCUCCACGCCAACCCCGACUUCUGCACCAUGGGCUUCGGCGCCCACUUCCCGGCGCGCCAAUGGACCGACCCGGAGACCCUAGAGGUGAUUCAAACCCGCGACAUCGCGCGCUGCUGGCGCGUCCGCGGGAUGGGUGACUGCGCCGUGGGGUUACGUCCUUCCUCCCUCCCCAUCCCCAUAGCCGCGAAAUCCACCUCCAGCACCGACAUCACCAUCUUAACAGGCGAGGACGUCACCAGUCUACCCAGCGAUCUGGAUCAAAUCGAGUGGGUAGGCUACGCCGGCGUCCGCGACGGCACGACGACCUCGAUCCCCGCCCGCGAGGCCGGGGACCCGCCCCUUCCGCCGUGGGAGGAGAUGGUCGAGGUGCGCUACGGGGUGGCGCCGGAGCAAUGGGGCAAGGGGAUCGCGGCGGAGGCGGCGGCGGCGGUGAUGCGGUGGGCGGUGGCGGAGCGCGGCGUGAGGAGGUUCAUUGCGGAGACGGAGCGGCCGAAUGUGCGCAGUGCGAGGGCGUUGGAGAAGUUGGGGUUUCGGCGGAGUGGGACGCGGUAUUGGAAGGAGCCGGGGGAGGUGGAGUGGGAGUUGGUGGUGUAG